GAGUGAAUGAUUCACCACUCUCUGGCCGUAGUAAGAAGUGAAUUCUCUAGUUUUUACCAUUUAUAAUAAUAAAACUUAAAAACCAGAUACUUGUUUAAUAAUAACGCAACGGUGCUGUACGUCGCAGCAUUGGUAUUCUGUUAUUACGUCACGGUAGACUAGACCAAGGUUUUUAAUUUGAAAAAAAAAUCAAGUUGACUUUCAUCUGUCAAACAGUUCGCAGUUCUGGGAAAGAAAGAAAAUGGUGUCUAAAAUAUUUUUAUUACAAAAAUAGUGAAAUUGUGUUUUAUUUUAUACUUAAAAUAUUUAUUUAAAAACGAAAAAAAAAAAAAACAGCCGAAAAGUGAAUAAGUAAUUAAGGUAGCAAGGACAUUUAAAAUUUUUUUGAUAACAAUCUUGAAUUGACACGGAAGCUGAAGAGUAGAGUGUGAGAUAAAUAAUUGCUGUUCGCGAAUCAAAAAUAUUUUAUCACAAAAUGGAGUUCAAUUUUAAUAUAAAUGAUAUAUUUAAAGAACCAAUUGUUAAAAUUACAAAUACAUUGUUACCACCGAGUUUUUCAGGCGAUCGUCGAGCUGUCAGAGAAUGUCAAACUAACGUCGCUGAAGUUAUAAAUUGUAUGGGAGAAGCUUCAGCCACGGCACAAGGAUUAUCAAAACCAAUAACCACCUCAGAUAAAUUACGAAAUUCGGAUCAUAUUUUAUAUUUAUUACUGGAUUUACAAGGAGGCGCAAAGGGUAAAGGUUGUGUGACAGGAUUAUUAAAAGUAGGACGAAAAAGUCUGUAUGUAUUCGAUCCAUCUGGUUGUAACCAUAAGCUAAAUCCAUUAUGUAUAUUGGACUUUUAUGUUCAUGAAUCACGUCAGCGAACUGGUCUUGGUCGACGCUUAUUUGAGCAUAUGUUGAAGGAUGAAGAUGUUGAACCAGUUCGAUUAGCAAUAGAUCGGCCAAGUAAAAAAUUCUUAGGUUUUCUGUCAAAACAUUACCAUUUGAAUCGUGUUAUACCACAAAUGAAUAAUUUUGUGGUAUUCGAAGGCUUUUUUGUAGAAAAUGAUGAAUCAACACCACAAAGUAACAAACAAAAUAAUAAUAGCAUUAGUUUAACAUCUAACUUUCAAGCAGACCAUCAUGGUGGAACUAAAUUAAAUAAUGGUUUAAAUUCAGCUACAAGUAUAACAGCACCGACCCUAGGUCGAUAUGGAGCCCCAAGACCUCCAUGUAGCAUGGGACAGAUAAUACACAAUCAAACACCACAACUUGUUGGCGCAAAUGAUUCUAGUGGCAGUGACACCGAAUUAACAGCCCACGAAGAAAUAAAUUUAUCAAAAUUAGAACGACCACGGUCAUUAUCGAUACAAACAAAUGCAGACGACCAACCACAACCGAUCACGGUGGCAACAGAAGGAAGUGCUCUAGACGAUCAUAUUUCAAUAGAUGGCGCUGCACAAAUCGCAUCGGGAUCAUUACUUAUGAAAGUACCGCAACAACAGCAAAUCGAUAAAAUUGAAACAGAAUUAUCAACAAAAUUAUCAAUCACCAAAUCAUCAGCGGCAACUACACCACGGAGUGUUGUUGGUACACCACGGAGCAGUCAAGGUCAUCAAACGCCUGCUUCACAAACUAAAAAAGCGGAUAAUUUAACGGAUCAAGGAUUUGUUGAUUUGAAAUUUUAUCAUUCAAAACUAUGGUAGUUUGUAUUUCUCUCACAAUUUUUUUUCUUUAAUAAUUAAUUUAAUAUUAAUUAAUUAUCGAUAUUAUUUUUCGUGCAAUAUUUAUUU